AUGCUAUCUAUUAGAUCAGAUCGAUUUUUGAAUGCGAUACCAGGUGUCACUGAUGAACAAUUUAAACAUAGCCAAUUCCUUAAAUUUUACAAUCAAACCGAAAAAUGUCCUUCAUCAGAUUCUGUGAUAGACGGAUUGAUCGGUUUAAGGAUUAUAAAUGAUCGUUCACACGCGAUUUUAACAGCCAUUGAAACUGAACCUGAUUCCCAUAAUAUUAUUAAAGUAUAUUCAUCUGAUUUUGAUCUUGGCUCGAAAAAAUUCUAUAAAUAUAUUAAUGAAGAACUCAUGAAUGACAAUGAAGAUACGUUAGGGAAGUUAAUGCCAUUUAUUCGUCGAGCUACAAGUCAAAUUAAUCAUCAUGAUAUUGAUAGAGAUUGUAUUUUGUAUCGUGGCAUGAAUUUGAAUGAACAACAACGUGACUUUUUUUCUAUUGGAAAACUAUUUCGAUUUCCCGGAUUCACAACUACAACGGAAAAUAUUGAUGUUGCCAGACGAUUCGGUGAUACAUUGUUUGAAAUACACGUAAACGCGCCAUGCCAUCAAGUGGUACAUAUGGCUCAUAUUUCAUAUUAUAAAGACGAAGAAGAAUGGUUGUUUUCUCCUUAUUCACGUUUUCAAGUAAAACAAAUAAUUGAGGAAUUCAUUAUUUUACAAUCUGUUGAUAAUUUAGCAUCUAUUGAAGAUGAAUAUUAUGUAAGUGAUAAUGAACAGAGCAUUUCAUAUGACCGCAGCAUAAGUGAUACACGCAGUGCUGAAUAUCCAACUAGUGACACACGCAGUGCUGAAGAUACAAUAAGUGACACACGCAGAACUGAAGAUGCAACAAGUGAUACACGCAGUGCUGAAUAUCCAACAAGUGAUACUCGUAACGAAUUUUCAGAUUACGACCAACGAAGUUAUUCACACCAAACAGAAGACAGCUAUUUUACAAGGGAUGAUGAACGAAUAGAUGUACACAAUAAUAGAGACGAUAUUUCCAUCCGAACAUCAGAUUCUCAAUUAUAUAUUGGUCAGAACACUGCGUUCGAUGAAGACUUCGAAUAUGCUGAUAAUGAUAAUCGUAAUCAAAACUACUUUUCAAAUUACAUCGACAAUAAUUUUGAGGGCGAUGACGUGACAUAUGAUGGAAGAAGUUUUGAACAAACUGUCUCAACUGACAACGAUGGAAUAUCCACAGAUGAUAGUCAAUACACUGUUUCUUAUGUAUGUCACGAUCCACACUUCCUUCAAGCCCAACAAGCUCUUCUUCAACUCAUUCUGAUACAAGUGUAUCCUCUUUUCCAAUGA